AUGACAACGGCAGCUCCGACAGGCGGACCCGAAUAUUCUCACUCGACUCGGCCGUCGUCGUCUUCGUCGCGAUCGGCGCUGCCCCCGACAAGAUCCUGCUCGACUCGCUCCUCGCGCCCCCCUCCGGCGACUGCCAAUGCCGUAUCCGCAUCCUCCUUGUCCAACCACAGCCGCCACCGCAGCUCCGCCUCUCAGAAUCUACCACCAUCCUUCCCACGCCAUCACCAUCGCAGCGCAUCCUCGUCGACGCGCCCCAACGCCGACAUCCUGCCUCAACAUGAGCACGACGGCUCUCGCGUAGUUUCCUUCCCGCCCAACGCCAAUCGCAGCGCCGGCCGAGAGCAAGAUCGAGACCGUCCACCGCCCCCAACCAGGGGCGCCGAGCCGCAGCCGCCGAAUCGUCGGAGCAGCACUCGCGCGAACCACGGCCACCACCAGCACCAGCACCAACACCAGCAUCAGCAAGACAUGGCUCCCUCGGCCGUGCCCACGAAUGGCGGCUCCUCGGGCCCGUCCCCCCACGGCGAUGCUCCUCCUCACCGGUCGUCGCACCAGCAGCCGUCGGGUGCGGCGAAGCCGACGAGGUCGCGCACCACCAUCCCGACCCAGUCGGGCAAAUGGAUCCUGGGCAAGACCAUCGGCGCCGGCAGUAUGGGCAAGGUGAAGCUCGCUCGCAAGGAGGACGGCAGCGAACAGGUCGCCUGCAAGAUCGUCCCCCGCGGCUCGGCCGACGACGGCCACCAGAGCCGCGUCGACAAGGAGCGGGCCGAUCAGUCGAAAGAAAUCCGCACCGCCCGCGAGGCCGCCAUCGUCACCCUCCUCAACCACCCGCACAUCUGCGGCAUGCGAGACGUGGUCCGCACCAACUACCACUGGUACAUGCUCUUCGAGUACGUCAACGGCGGUCAGAUGCUCGACUACAUCAUCUCCCACGGCAAGCUCAAGGAGAAGCAAGCCCGCAAGUUCAGCCGCCAGAUCGCGAGCGCCCUCGAUUACUGCCACCGCAACAGCAUCGUCCACCGCGACCUCAAGAUCGAGAACAUCCUCAUCAGCAAGACGGGCGACAUCAAGAUCAUCGACUUUGGUCUCAGCAACCUCUUCGCCCCCCGCAGCCACCUCAAGACCUUUUGCGGCAGUCUCUACUUUGCCGCCCCGGAGCUCCUGCAGGCCAGGGCAUACACGGGCCCCGAGGUCGACGUCUGGAGCUUCGGCAUCGUCCUCUACGUCCUCGUCUGUGGUAAGGUCCCGUUCGACGACCAGAGCAUGCCCGCCCUCCACGCCAAGAUCAAGAAGGGGCUCGUCGACUAUCCGAGCUGGCUGUCCAGCGAGUGCAAGCACCUCAUGUCCCGGAUGCUCGUGACCGACCCCAAGCAGCGCGCCACCAUGCAAGAGGUCAUGACCCAUCCCUGGAUGACCAAGGGCUUCAACGGCCCCCCCGACAACUACCUUCCCGCCCGCGAGCCCCUGGCGCAGCCGCUCGACCCCGAGGUCAUCCUCGCCAUGCAGGGCUUCAACUUUGGCUCCCCCGAAAGCAUCAAGGCGCAGCUCAUCAACAUCAUCGACUCGGAGGAGUACCAGCAAGCCGUCAAGCUCUACCAGCGCGAGAGGGAGGUUUCGUCGCCGACGCGGGACGGGGAGAAGCGACGAGGCUUCGGCUUCGACUUUUACAAGCGAAGGAAUUCCGGCAACAGCCGCGACACGCUGACGGGUCCGAGCUCGGAAGCGCUGCAUCUGGGCACCGACCCCAUGUACGCCUUUAGCCCCCUCCUGUCCAUCUACUUUUUGGUCAAAGAAAAGCAUGAGCGGGACCAGGUCGACUCUCCCGCCGCUGCCUCGCGCGAGAAGGAGCGAGAAAGGGAGCGCGAGCGGGAGCGCGAGCGGGAGAAGGAUCGGGAGCGGGAGAAGAACACGGAACCGAUGCCGGAGCUGGUGGCUCCGCAGGCAGCCUACACGAACUCGGCCGCCUACGAGAUGCCCGGCGAGAAGCCGACGGGCGGCCGGGCGCGACCGCGGGCUCGCACGCACGGGGAAGAUGAUAUUCCGGACACCAUCAAGCAGGCGCUCGCGCCGCCGCCGCCGCCGCCGCCGCCGCCGCCACCGCCAGAGACCAAGGUCGAUCAGCUCCAGAAGAAAGAGGGCACCGCCGCCGGCCUGCUCCGCCGAUUCAGCACGCGCAAGCGAAGAGACCCUGAGCGCGUCGACAGGGAUCGCUCGCACCCGCCGCCAACCGUUCAGGUCCAUUCGCCCGCCGAGGCCGUACCCCUGACGCCGAAGAAGAGCUUCAGCAUCCGGCGCGGCCGGCAGAGCCGCGACGCCAACUCGUCUUCGGGACUGCGCUUGGCCGCGAGCCAAGCGCAGCACAGCGAGCUGCUCAGCCCGCCCGUGUCCUCGAGCGCACCCAAACCCUCGAGGAAGUCGGGUCUCGGCCGUUCGACGAGCGUCAACUCUGCCGACAUUCGGCGAACGCGCGAACCCGACAAGCUGGCCAAGGAAGCGCUGCCGACGAGCGGGUCCGAUCAGUCGGUCGCGACGGAGAAGCCGGCGCCGGCCGAGGGAGCCUACAGCCAAUCGAGAGCGAUGAACAUGAGAGCGAAAUCGCUAGGCCACGCCCGACGAGAGAGCAUCCAGCGCCGGAGGCUGCGGAGAGAAGAGGCGCAGGAGGCCGACGUGCCGGAGGAGACGGAUCUCGAGCAGGAGCAGAGCGGCCCCUCGACCGAGAGGCUCGACAGCUCCGACCUGGCGAAACCCGUCUUCCUCAAGGGUCUCUUCAGCGUGUCGACGACGUCCGGAAAGUCGGUGCCGGCCAUCCGUGCCGACAUCCGGCGGGUGCUCCAGCAGCUGAACGUGGACUACACCGAGAUCAAGGGCGGCUUCAGCUGCCGGUACGCGCCGAGCAUCGACCUGAACAAGGUGCAGGAUCCCCAGGGCAGCCCGGCGCAGACGCCAGGCCACCGACGGCGCUUCAGUUUUGGCGGCCGCCGGCGGGGCGACGAUCGAGAUCGCGACGAGGUCCGGGACUCGGAUCGUGACCGGACGCCGACGACGCCUCGCACGCCCGGCCGCGACCGCUCGGAUCGGGAGCGCGAAACGAGCUACUCGAACUCGGAGACGUCGGUGGAUAGCAUCCCGCGUCGCAACGGAGCCUCGAGGCGGGCGCCGGGCGAGACGAGCACGCAGGUGCAGAGCGAUCUCGGCGGCAGCAUGGUCAUGGAGUUUGAGAUCUUCAUCGUCAAGGUGCCCCUCCUGACCCUGCACGGCAUUCAGUUCAAGCGCUUGACGGGCAACACGUGGCAGUACAAGAACAUGGCGGACCAAAUCCUGCGCGAGCUCAGGCUGUAG